AUGGAAUACGGACACUCAUUUAAUCAACCGCCAGAUCAUCGAGGAAGAACUACCACGAUAUCGGAGGAGUUAUCCAGUCAUGCCGAACCUAUUUGCACAAAAAUACCUUCGUUGGCCAAUGAUAUCUAUCGCGAAUGCAAGUCUCUGAUUGCCACAUAUGGUGACAGAUUCUUGCAUAAUUUGAUGCCAUUAAUCGUGACUGCGUUAGAAAACCUGGAAUCUGUUCACACAGAAAGAGAUGAACUUCAAUUAAAAUUGGCUGUUCUUAAAGAUGACCAUCGACAUUUGAUGAAUGAGUAUGAACGGGAGAAAACCAAUCGAAAAUCGGCCGAAGCGAACAACCUCAGACUGGAGGACGAUAUUGAAGAAGAGAGGAAAGUGUUUCAGACGAAGCUGUCUGAAAUGGAAGCCACACUCCGUGUGUGUGAAUUAAAAUUGCGCAACUCGUCGGAACAGGUUGCACGCGCGGAAGAAAAAGAGGUUGAGUGGACCAAAAAGUACAACGAUUUGCACGAUCGCUAUACUGCUUUGGUUCGGUCGUAUGCGGAGUACACUGAACGGACUCGAUGGUUUGCUCAUCAAAAAAGCGAGUCACACGCAGUGUCUACAGACCAAUUUGUGCCCACGGCCUCCGAAUCGCGUCCACCAGUCCUAGGUGCAUUAGAUGGGACGUAUAACAGAUUUCAUUCGUCUGUGAGUCCAUACGAUCCUGCUUUCGAUUCACAGCGGUUGAUAAUGUCACGGAGUCAGUUCGAUUUGUUACAGGGUCAAGCUUUUGAAACGGAACGUCAGAGAAUCAUGCGAAAUAUAUUGGAAACGACACCAGAGUUGCAAGAUACGGACAAUUUACGAUCGUAA